AUGGAUUUGCAAGCCAAUCCGGUCAAUGAGAUCCUGUACGUGAGCUUCAACCAGGACUUCACUUGCUUUGUUUGCGGAACAGAGAGCGGGUUCCGCGUCUACAGUACGGACCCUUUCCACCUCACUUUCCGAAGAGAUUUCGAGGAUGGCAGUGGCUUAGGGGUCAUUUGCAUGCUGUUUCGCACGAACAUCUUGGCCUUCUCUGGCGGCGGGAAAAAUCCGCGAUUCCAACCCCACAAGGUAGUUCUGUGGGAUGACCGGCACACCCGGGUCAUGGCCGAGCUGAGCUUCAAAACAACGGUGAAGUCUGUGAGGCAUGCGCUUUCCGGAUUGUGUCAUGUCCUUGUUUGA